AUGGCCGAAUUCUUAGUGGUGGACUACUCGAACACGUACAAUGUCAUCCUUGGAAGGCCAAUCCUAGAUGAUUUAAGCGGAGUCACAUCAGUGCGCUACCAAGCGAUGAGAUUUUCGACUUCAGGGGGAGUCGCGACGAUCAAGUGCUGUACCAAGGAAUCUCGAGAAUGCAAUAAUCGAGCUAUAAACGCUGCACAAAAAUGGUCACACCGAAAGACAAUGAUCAUCGUAGAAUCCAAGCCGAACCUUGGGUCACUAGAGGACACUAUAGAUCCUCGCAUCCAUAAAGAAGAGCCCGCAGCAGGACUGAUCGAAAAGCUGCUAGAAAUAAGAGUUAGCGAGGAAGAUCCAACUCGCGUGCUGAAAAUCGGCAGCAUCUUGACCAGAGAAAUUGAUGAUAAUCUGAUCGGGUUCUUGAAGAGGAACCUCAACGUAUUCGUGUGGGUGUACGCAAAUAUGGUUGGGAUCAGUCCCGAGGUGAUGUGCCACAGGUUGCACCUGGACCCACAAGCUCAGCCCAUAAGGAAGAAAAGAAGGGCCAUGGAUGCAGAGCGCUCUCAAGCGCUCAAGGAUGAAGUCGAUAAACUCUUAGAAAUCAACUUCAUCAGGGGAGUCAAGUACCCCGACUGGCUCGUCAAUCUAGUCCUAGUCAAAAAGUCGAAUUGCAAGUGGCGGACUUGCGUCGACUUCACGGAUCUAAAUAAGGACUAUCCAAAAAAUAGUUUUUUGCUACCACAGAUCGACCAACUAGUAGAUGUGACAGCGAGAAACGUACAACUUAGCUUAAUGGAUGCAUACUCGGGAUAUAACCAGAUCCUAAUGUACCAGCACGAUGAAGAACAUAUUUUUUUUAUUACUGACCGUGGAAUCUAUUGUUACAGGGUUAUGCCAUUUGGCCUUAAGAACGCUGGGGCGACCUACCAGCGCUUGGUGAACAAAAUGUUCACCAACCAAAUUGGCUGA